GCGGCGGCGGGGCUGGGCGAGCGCAAAGAUGUCCGCGCCCGCUGCCGGGAGGCGAGGCCAACUCGGGAUAUCCCGGAGCCUCUGGGGAGGCGGUCACUCCGACGUCUGAGGACCUGGGCCUUGGACCCGGACUCGUUAUGAAGAGCGAUUCCUCGACCUCUGCAGCUCCCCUCAGGGGACUCGGGGGACCCCUGCGCAGCAGCGAGCCGGUGCGCGCCGUCCCGGCCCGGGCGCCGGCCGUGGACCUUCUGGAGGAGGCGGCCGACCUCCUGGUCGUGCACCUGGACUUCCGGGCGGCGCUGGAGACCUGCGAGCGGGCCUGGCAGAGUCUGGCCAACCACGCCGUGGCAGAGGAACCCGCGGGCACCUCCUUGGAGGUGAAGUGCUCCCUGUGUGUUGUGGGGAUCCAGGCCCUGGCAGAAAUGGAUCGGUGGCAAGAAGUCCUCUCCUGGGUCCUUCAGUAUUACCAGGUCCCUGAAAAGCUACCCCCCAAAGUCCUGGAGCUGUGCAUUCUUUUAUACAGCAAAAUGCAAGAGCCUGGAGCUGUGCUGGAUGUGGUGGGUGCCUGGCUCCAAGACCCAGCCAACCAAAACCUUCCAGAAUAUGGAGCCUUGGCAGAAUUUCACGUGCAGCGGGUGCUGCUGCCUCUGGGCUGCUUAUCGGAGGCUGAGGAGCUAGUGGUGGGCUCUGCAGCCUUUGGUGAGGAGCGGCGACUGGAUGUACUUCAGGCCAUUCACACAGCGAGGCAGCAGCAGAAACGGGAACACUCAGGCUCUGAGGAGGCCCAGAAGCCAAACCAGGAAGCUUCCCCUUCCUCCCUGCGCUUCCUCUACAAGCUGGCCCAGCUCUUCCGCUGGAUCCGGAAGGCUGCAUUUUCUCGCCUCUACCAGCUCCGCAUCCGUGACUGAGGGUCCCUGCGCACCACAACCUCUCUGCUCCUCACGUCUGUGGCCGCAGAAGCAGAGCGACAGAGCGACACAUCCACAGGCGCCCCUGGGGAAAUGGGACCAGCCUAAUCUUGCGGAGUGCACUGUGUCUUGCUGCCUGGGUGCCCUCUCCUUUGCACCCUACUUCGGCUGGUGGUGGUAGAUGAUGUGGAAACAAAGCGGGACCAGCAGGCACAGCACCUCCAGAACAGUGCCCUGGACGACAAGAGGCCCCUUGAAAAGGAGGGGUUUGGGGACAGGGACUGUGUCCAUGAAACAUUCCAUCUUCUUGGUGAAGGCAAGGGGUUGGUUCUUCAGGUCAGGAUGUUAAUGGAGCUGGAAGUUCAGACAAAGCCUGGUGAAGUGACCCUUGGCCUUUCACUUCUUGAGAAACAUACUUCUUUGCUGGGCAUGGUGACUCACGCCUGUAAUCCCAGCACUUUGGGAGGGUGAGGUGGGUGGAUCACUUGAGGCCAGGAGUUCAAAACCUGCCUGGCCAACAUGGUGAAACCCCGUCUCUACUAAAAAUACAAAAAUUAGCCAGAUGUGGUACACGCCUGUAGUCCUACCUACUCGGGAGGCUGAGGCACGAGAAUCACUUGAGCCAGGGAGGCAAAGAUUGCAGUGAGCCGAGAUUGUGCCACCGCACUCUCUCAAAACAAACAAACAUGCCCCACAGGACAGUACCUUAAUUAGCUAGAGUAGAUCUGAGAGGGCCUCUUCUUGCCUGCACUGUGCUCCCCAGAGCUGAUCUAAUUCUGUAUCAAUACGCUGUUCCCAUGGUCUUGCCAUGCGCUUGAAGCUGCGAGAGCCUUCUCACUGUUCAGUCUGGGGUGUGGUUUUCAGAACCACCGGGUUGACUACUGAAAACCAAGUGAGCCUUACAGCUCUUAUCGCUGGGUAAAGUGAUCUUGCCUGGUGCCUCUUGGUCUUCAGCUCAAUUUUCCAGGUGGUCCUGGCCAAGCCUUGCUCUGUUACACUCUGUGCCUCUGCCCACUCUUUCCCCGCCAGCCCCUCCCUCCCACCCUGCAAACUCGUCCAUUGGCUGUUUCACCAGGUUCUGCCGUAUCCUUGCCUCCUUAGUACACACCAUUGCAGGUUCUUCUCUUUCUGUGUCCCAUUGUCCUAGUUAUGUUCUGUUGUUUGUGUAAUGCCCAAAUUUUUCUGCUCGUGUGGCCUUGAAAAGUAGGCCAGCCUCAGAGGCUGCUGAGCUGAAAAUGGAACUGAGUAAUCAGGUGAGCUGGAAGGGAUGUGGGGGGCGGGGCAGAGGGGAGACAUGGGUUUUGAAGGCAGUGAACAAUAAAACCUUAGGGAGGUGGCACCGAGGCCGUAGCGUUUGAGGAGCUGAAAUGUUUCAGUGUUGUUUUCUCACCAGCCACAAGCAUCUUACGAGUUUCUGUGCAAGGAAGCGUAGAGCACUGCUGUGCUGUCAGGAUGAAGAAGGGCUUUCUGCAGGGGCUGGCCUUUCUCUACCCAGAGGCCAAGCAGGCUGCCCUGCACUGUGUCCUUGGUUGGUGUUGAUGCCAAAAAUAGAGAAGGUGCUUGCUAGCUUUUCCUUGGUACAUUUUCAGGGGUUGCAAGUCAACAACUUUUCUUUUUUUUUUUUUUUUGAGAUGGAGUCUCGCUCUGUCACCCAGGCUGGCGUGCAGUGGCGUGAUCUCAGCUCACUGCAAGCUCCGCCUCCCGGGUUCACGCCAUUCUCCUGCCUCAGCUUCCCGAGUAGCUGGGACUACAGGUGCCCGCCACCACACCCGGCUAAUUUUUUUGUAUUUUUAGUAGAGACGGGGUUUCACCGUGUUAGCCGGGAUGGUCUCGAUCUCCUGAACUUGUGAUCCACCCGCCUCAGCCUCCCAAAGUGCUGGGAUUACAGGCGUGAGCCACUGCGCCCGGCCAACUUUUCUUUAGAAAAAUGAGUAAAGUAGGUAAACUUCACAGGCCCCUUAGAAUUAAAUCCUUAGGGCAUGGUUCAAGUUUGUAGGAAGCAAAUCUAUGCUUUUUUAUAUGGGCUUUUAAGUAGAGCUUAGAACCCUGGGGGGAGAAAGGCAGUCAGGUGAGGUUUGAGAUUCCUUCUGUAGAAUGAUUUCUUAAAAUGAAAAUCUGGGCCCACUUAGUACCCUAGAUGAAACGCUUCAAUGGCUUCCCGUGGCUCACUGGAUAACAUCUAAAUUCUUCAUGGAAUUGAAUGUGCUGAUUUUGGCUAACACCUCCCCUUUGAUGUGGGGCCCCUGUUGAUUAUACGUGCGGCCUUCCAGCUGCCCACCGUCACAGCUACAGCCCGCUCCCCUUGGCCUCUGUGCCUUGGCUCACACUGUUCCUACUGAAGGCCUAGCACCUGCUCUUGGCCUGGUGAGCACCUCCACCUUCCAGGCUUACUCAAAGAAUUCUUUCUGCCCCUCCCUGCGUCCCGGGACCUGUUUCAUAUCUCUUCUGUUGUCGUGACCCCAUGUUCUUGUAAUUGUGAACUUCUUUGCUGCCCCUUCAAAGCUGGGGAGUGCUUGUUGCAGAUGCAUCCAAGAGGGGUAAUUGCGUAUCAACAGUGGAUUUGUUGGUUGUUUCUACAGGAUUCUGAAGCAUGCAACAUAGAACAGAUACCUUUAAAUUUAGGGGCGCUAAGGAAAGCGGGAACCAGUAAUCCUCUUCUGUGGUCGGAUGGGAGGAUUGGGGAGGGGGGUGGAAUGGAGAGGAAACAGGCUAUUGUUGGCCAGCCCUGGGUGGAGGUGGGUGCAAGCAGGACAGGUAGUGCCUAGGGGCGGGGGCGGAGGGUUUGCCUCUAGAAAGGGGCUAGAAGGGAUGAGGAAAUAGUUCAUAGCUUCGUGCAGGUGAUCCCUGUUCUGCAUGUAUGUGUUUGCACAUGAGUGUAUGUAGACCAUAGACCAUUAAAAAAUACGGAAUUCAAAAGUUACAAAAAGGGUAUUCAUGGAAAAGAAAGGUUUUUUUUUUAGUCUUGCUAUGUUGCCCAGGCUGGACCUGAACUCCUGGGCUUGAGCAAGUCUCCCCCUCAGCCUCUGGAGUAGCUGGGCCUACAGUGUGUGCUGCCACACCCAGCUAAUAAAAUCUUUCUACUCCCACUCUCUAUUCCCCAGUUUCUUGCAACCCUUGCCAGUCUGUUUAUCCCUCCAGAUACAGUCUCCGAUAGUAAACUUUUCUUUCUCAUACAUAAAUGAUAGUAGUCACAUACACUACACACACUGUGCCACAUAUUUAAAAAACAAAACAAAACUCUUGGCUGGGCGCAGUGGCUCAUGCCUGUAAUCCCAGCACUUUGGGAGGCCGAGGCGGGUGAAUCACCUGAGGUCAGGAGUUCGAGAUCAGCAUGGCCAACAUGGUGAAACCCAAUCUCUACUAAAAAUACAAAAAAAAAAAAGAGCCAGGCAUGGUGGUGGGCACCUGUAAUCCCAGCUACUCAGGAGGCUGAGGCAGGAGAAUCGCUUGAACCCGGGAGGCAAGGGUUGCAGUGAGCUAAGAUCGCGCCAUUGCACUCCCACCGGGGCAACAAAGAGUGAAACUUGGUCUCAGAAACGAAACAAAACACAAAAACCUUUCUCAGUCCCAGCAUAUGUGGAGCAGCCUCAUUCUUCAUAGCUGUGUGUCAUUCCGUUGCGUGAUGGGGUCACAGAGCACAGACCUGGUGCCCUUUUCCUUUUUAAUAUGUGGAAACCCCUCCACUCUUUCCAAAGCCUAGAAGUACAGCAGCCCCAAGUUUAGGGUGAACAGCAGUGGUCAGAGCUCUUUACUAUUACUUUUGGGCAAACGCAAGCCAGGCUGGCAACCACCACUGCCGCCGAGGGGAGAUAGGAGCAGGCCAGUUCACACUCUGGACGUUCAGUUUCUUUCUAAAUCUAGAAGGUGGCCCUUGCCAUCCACUUAAAGCAGCCCAAGGAAAUGUCAGAAAGAGAAAGUGAUGACAUGAACCACGAGUAGGGCACCUCCCUGUGCCGUCGUCUGCUUUCCUCCCUCCCAGCCUCCCUGUGCCGUCGUCUGCUCUCCUCCCUCCCAGCCUCCCUGUGCCAUCGUCUGCUUUCCUGCCUCCCAGCCUCCCUGUGCCGUCGUCUGCUUUCCUCCCUCCCAGCCUCCCUGUGCCGUCGUCUGCUCUCCUCCCUCCCAGCCUCCCUGUGCCAUCGUCUGCUUUCCUGCCUCCCAGCCUCCCUGUGCCAUCGUCUGCUUUCCUCCCUCCUAGCACGGAAAAGCCGUGGGGCUGAUGGACUUUGGCCUCACACGCACCGAUGGGGCCUGUGGGAAUUCUACUGAUUUACUCUCUGGCCUAGUCAAGCAACCCACCCACGGCCUGGCCAAGGUCGGCCUCACUGCCCUGGCCUUUGGAAACUGAAUACAUGGAGUGUUAACCAGAAAAAUGUCUGGCCCUUUUGCCUCGCUGCCUCUGGAAACCUCAGUGUUUCGGGCUGGUAGGAAGCUACAGGACAGACAGUGGGCACAGUGCCUAGCAGCCUGUCGCGCCCCCGCCCGCCUCUGCAUUCCUCCAGCGGUGGUGUACGGAUCCAGACAUUGUUUGCCACCUCUAGGCCUCUUGAUAAAACAGCAAAUAUUUUUCUUGUCUUAAAGCAAUGCAUUUUAGAAAAUAUUAAUUGCAUAGAAGGAAAUACAGGACUUGUGUUCCCCCCACUCAGAAAUAAUUACUAUUAAUACCGGUUGAUUUUCUUUCAGCUUUUUUCCCUCUAAUUAAUUAAUUCUUUUUUUCCUGCAACUCCUGCUUCAGACUUUUUUUUUUAACACCCAGCUUGGCAUGGUGGCUCACGCCUAUAAUCCUAGCGCUUUGGGAGGCCAGAAUGGGAGGAUUGCUUGAGCCUAGGAGUUCAAAGCUAGCCUGGGCAACCUAGUGGGACCCCAUUUCUUUUUUUGGGGGGAGGGUGUUAUAAAAGCCCUUUUAUAAAGCCAUUUUUAAACAAAAAAACCCAAAAAGUUUACAAAAGAAAAAAAGAUACAGAAAAAGAAUAACUUGCUUCAUAUGUCCCAAAAAGAGAAAAAAAUAAACAGGACAAUGCCAACAUGCUCAACAAUAAAGGGUUCUUUUUCUUACCUUUUUAAUACAAAAUACAAGCAAAGGAUACACAUACUUAAAACAGAGCUCAGGAGCAGACACUCAGUCCUGGGUACCCUUCAAUAAGAGCAAAGCAGGAGUUUGUUUUUUGUCUGUGCAGAUACAUACAGACUGGGAUAUGUAAAAAUUAAGUAUCACAAAAGACCAUCACACGAUUCCGCCAAUGCAUGUUGCAUCUGUAAUUCACGAACAUGGUCAACAAAAUCAUGUUCACUUCAACCCCAUUUCAUUUAAAUUAAAAAAACCUGGCCGGGCGCAGUGGCUCACGCCUGUAAUCCCAGCACCUUGGGAGGCCAAGGCGGGUGGAUCUCAAGGUCAGGAGAUCGAGACCAUCCUGGCUAACAUGGUGAAACCCCAUCUCUACUAAAAAAAUACAAAAAAUUAGCCGGGCGUGGUGGCGGGCGCCUGUAGUCCCAGCUACUCAGGAGGCUGAGGCAGGAGAAUGGCCUGAACCCGGGAGGUGGAGCUUGCAGUGAGCCUAGAUUGCGCCACUGCACUCCAGCCUGGGGGACAGAGCAAGACUCCGUCUCCAAAAAAAAAAAAAAAGUAAAAAACCUUUUAAAUAAAGUGAUUACAUUCUAACUUUAACUUCCUUAGUACCAUGCUGCAGAUUUCAGCACUGUUAAGGUAUUGCAAGAAUGCCCAACCCUCUGGUGUCUGAUCGUGUAUCUAGCAACAUUACAGUAUGAAGAAAAGAGAUGCCCCGGGUGCGACCCCAUUUCUAUUAAAAAUAAAUGUAAACACCCAACCCUCUUGGCAGCCCAGGCACUUGAGAACCUGUGGAAAAUGGCAGUGUGCAGCCAGCAUGGCUGCCAGCUUGGCGUCUUUGUUAGAGAGAGUGGAGGUGGUUAGGAAAGGGCAGGCAGGAAGGGGCCAUGUUGGCGGGACAACUGCAAGUGAAGAUGGGAUUGUGAAGUACAGUCGAAGGCCCACUCACCAAGGGCUGGAUCCAAAUAUGUGGGGUUGGGAUUCUGUGACCUACUUCCAAUUUUAAUAUUGACCUGAGCUCAUAUUUAGCUCUACAUGUUUCCCAGCUCAUAUUUUCCAACAGCCCCUUUGAAACUUUUAGCAUCCUCUUGUCACGUUUGUACUAUCCAAGGUGGGACGGACAAGUGUCAGAUAAUAGCAGAGACUUGGUGAAGAAAUGAAAUCGCUUUUGUAGAAAUGUGUCAGCUCAGAAAAAAGCUUUUUUUUUUUUUUUUUUUUUUUGAGAUGGAGUCUAGCUCUGUCACCCAGGCUGGAAUGCAGUGGCGUGAUCUCCGCUCACUGCAAGCUCUGCCUCCUGGGUUCACGCCAUUCUGCCUCAGCCUCCCGAGUAGCUGGGGCUACAGGCGCCUGCCACCAUGCCUGGCUAAUUUUUUUGUAUUUUUAGUAGAGAUGGGGUUUCACGGCGUUAGCCAGGAUGGUCUCGAUCUGCUGACCUCAUGAUCCGCCCGCCUUGGCCUCCCACAGCGCUGGGAUUACAAGCGUGAGCCACCGUGCCCAGAGAGAAAAAAGCCUCUUUGACGACGACCUCAACAUAAUUUACAUGGAGAAGUUUCCUAGGUGGAGAACCGAUUUGUAUGGUCCUUAGAAUGUAACCUACAGGUUCUUGCCCUCAGAAAAAUGCAUGCCUACUUUUACAUCACAGGCUUAUUUUCCAAAUGCAGUAGAGGGCCAUCCCUUCUUUGGCUUCUUGCCUUGUCUCUGACCCCACUGACUGCCCCUUUUCUGCCUCCAUAGCUAGUUUCUCUUUUUCCUUUGGCUUUUUUUUUUCUCUUUUUUUUUUUUUUGAGACGGAAUCUUGCUCUUGUCACCUAGGCUGGAGUGCAGUGGUGCGAUCUUGGCUCACUGCACCCUCCUCCUCCUGGGUUCAAGCCAGUGAGGUAGAUAUUAUCAUUUUAGAGAUAGCAAAGCAGACUCAGAGGGGCUAAUGUGCCCAGUGCCCCACCGCUUUUAAAUGGUAGAGCUGGGAUUUGAACCUAGGCAUACGGGUACCAGGAUUUCUGUUCUUAUCUCCCCCAUAUAGCACCUGGAAUGAGGCCAUCCAUGUAAGAGGCCAAGUAAUAAAGAUUUGUUGAAUGAACUUGGAUUUGGCCUUAGGAAUUAGGGAAGGAAGAAAUAGAAGCAGCAAGAGUUGGUGAGCAAUAACACCCGCCCCAAGGCUGAAGGGUGGAGGUGGGGCAGGGGACGGCUCUGUGCUUUGGCAUCUGUUUAGUAGUAUCGUUGCCCAGCUCCCUCCAGAGAAAGAGCAGGAGGUGUUCCUUCUCAGAUGUACCAGCAAUGACAAAACCUGGCGGGUGUCCUCCUGGGUAGGUAUAAAUACAAGCUGGUAGUUUCAUUGGAUGACUCACACAGAUAAGCCAUGCUCUUGGUUACCAGUGGACUUAGCUGGGUCCCAAAGAAUGGGCUGCUUUCUCUGGAAAGCUGGGGAGCUGGUAAAAUUUUUUGGUCACCCCACCAGAGACAUCCUACCCAUUCCCAGUCCCUCUGUGGGCUCUGACAUCUCCGUCCAGCAGGUACCCCCCUGCUCUGGAACAUUCUGGGAAUGCUUCCCACUCCCCUUUUAGUACUUGUUUGUGUUCUGUCCUGUUCCUGGAUUUCAUGGUCUCCAUAGUGACAAGUGCCUGUUUUCGGAGGUGCUAAAGACAAUGGCUAAAAGAUGUGCUCUAUUAAUCCUCCCAGGAAACAUAUCAUUUUGCAAAAGGCUUUUUUUUUUUUUUUUGAGAAACAAGGCCUAACCCCAAUGGAGUAAUUUACUGCGUAAAUGAGAGACAUUGCAGGAUUGUGGUUAAGAGUGUGGGUCCCGGAUCCAUAAUGCCUAAGUUUGUAUCUCUUUUUUUUUUGAGACAGAGUCUCACUCUGUCGUCCAGGCUGGAGUGCAGUGGUGCAAUCUCGACACACUGCAACAUCUACUUCCUAGGUUCAAGCGAUUCUCUUGCCUCAGCCUUCUGAGUAGCUGGAACUACAGGCAUACACCACCACGCCUGGCUAAUUUUUGAAUUUUUAGUAGAGACGGGGUUUUACCGUGUUGGCCAGGCUGGUCUCGAACUCUUGACCUCAAGUGAUCUGCAUGCCUCAGCCUCCCAAAGUGUUGGGAAUACAGGCAUGCGCCACCACACCCGGCCUGAGUUUGUAUCUUGACUUACCUGCUUUGACCUUCAAAUAGUCUUUCCUGUGCCUCAGUUACUUCAUAGGUUUGUUGUGAGGAUUAAAUGGUGCUAAUCCAUGUAAAACACUGAAAAGGUGCAUAGCAUGUAGUGAGUAGGUGCUAGUUAUUAUUACUGUUGCUCUUAAUUAAGUGAGAUAAGGAGGGGAGAGUUGGAGUGGUAGAACCCAGCAUCUUGUGAACAUCGCACCACAGAAAAGGCAGCGCUUCUGAUUCCUGUUCUCAGCCUAGGAACUAGGCUUUGCAAAUGGCUCUGAAUUUUUUUUUUUUUUUUUUUUUUUUUUUUUUUGAGAUGGAGUCUCGCUCUGUUGCCUAGGCUGGAGUGCAGUGGCGCAAUCUCAGCUCACUGCAAGCUCCCACCUCCCAGGUUCACGCCAUUCUUCUGCCUCAGCCUCCCAAGUAGCUGGGACUACAGGUGCCCACCACCACACCUGGCUAAUUUUUUGUAUUUUUAGUAGAGAUGGGGUUUCACCGUGUUAGUCAGGAUGGUCUCGAUCUCCUGACCUCGUGAUCCACCCACCUCGGCCUCCCAAAGUGCUGGGAUUACAGGCGUGAGCCAUCGCGCCAAGCCGGCUCUGAUUUCUUAAAGAAGUGCUAAGCCUUUUUAUAUGUUCAUUUAAGACAAUGUUCAAUUUUCUAAGUAUGCACUACAUUCAUAGGGUUUUUAAAAAGGCUUGAAAAAGUCUAGUGUGAAAGCCGUCUGUAUUAGUCCAUUUUCACACUGCUUUAGAGAAGUACCAGAGACUGGGUAAUUGUUGAAGAAAAGAGGUUUAACUGACUCACAGUUCUGCAUGGCUGCAAGGCCUCAGGAAACAAGCAGUCAUAGUGGAAGGCAAAGGGGAAGCAAGGCACAUCUUACAUGGCGGCAGCAGAGAGAGUGAGGGGGGAUGCCACACUUUAAAACCAUCAGAACUCGUGAGAACGACUCACUAUCACAAGAACAACGUGGGAGAAACUGUUCCGUGAUCCAGUCACCUCCCACCAGGUCCCGCCUCCAGCGUGGAGAUUACAAUUCGAGAUGAGAUUUGAGUGGGGACACAGAGCCAAACCAUAUCACCUCCCAUCUCUUCAUUUAGCAAGUUCACCUACCCCAGUGGCAGCCAUGGCUGUUAGUUUUUUUUUUUUUUUUUUUUUUUGAGACAGAGUCUCAUUUGUAGCCCAGGCUGGAGUGCAGUGGUGUGAUCUCGGCUCACUGCAAGCUCCGCCUCCCAGGUUCACGCCAUUUUCCUGCCUCAGCCUCCCAAGUGGCUGGGACUACAGGCUCCCACCACCACGCCCGGCUAAUUUUUAGUAUUUUUAGUAGAGAUGGGGUUUCACUGUGUUAGCCAGGAUGGUCUCGAUCUCCUGACCUCAUGAUCCACCUGCCUCGGCCUCCCAAAGUGCUGGGAUUACAGGCGUGAGCCACCGCGCCCAGCCAUGGCCAUUAGUUUUAAAUUUACUCUUCCAGAGGUUUUUUCCACCAGUAGAAAACCAAUAUGGAUAUAGAUCCUAGUUUCUUCUCUUUUUUAUAAAAAAAACUGUAGUAUAUUAUGUACUCUGUUUUAUUCCUUCCUUUUUUUUUUUUUCUUAUAAAAAAUACAGAGAUGGGGUCUUACUACAGUGACCAGGCUGGUGUUGAACUUGCCUCAAGUGAUCCUCCCAUCUUGACCUCCCAAAGUGCUGGGAUUAUAGGCAUAAGCCACCACACCCAGAUGAUUUUUUUAUUUUUCAAAGAAGUGGCAUGAUUUUGAUGACAAUAAAGGACAAUAUGUAAUUAAUGUAAUUAUAAUACAGCCUUCUAGAGGCCAGGUGCAGUGGCCCAUGCCCGUAAUCCCACCACUUUGGGUGGCCGAGGCAGGUGGAUCAUGAGGCCAGGAGUUUUGAGACCAGCUGGGCCAACAUGAUGAAACCCCAUCUCUAUUCAAAAAAUCUAAAAUUAGCUGGGUGUGGUGGCGUGCACCUGUAAUCCCAGCUACUUGGGAGGCUGAGGCACAAGAAUCGCUUGAACCCAGGAGGCGGAGGUUGCACUGAGCCGAGAUCGAGCCACUGCACUCCAGUCUGGGCGACAGAGUGAGACUCUGUCUCACACAUACACACACACACAAAAGUAUAAAUAUAUAGCUUUCUAGAUAUAGGAUUGGACUUGGUUCUGGCUCUGUUACUAAUUUGUCCUAUAACUUUGCAUAAGUCAUUUAAUCUUGGGUCCAAUUUUUCUCACCUUCAAGAUGGGGACAAAAAUUACCUUCCUUGGCUGGGUGCGGUGGCUCAUGCCUGCAAUCCCAGCACUUUGCGAGGCCAAGACCAGCCUGGCCAACAUGAUGAAACCCCACCUCUACUAAAAAUACAAAAAUUAGCUGGGUGUGGUGGUGCACACCUUUAAUCCCAGCUACUCAGGAGGAGGCUGAGGCAGGAGAAUCUCUGGAACCCGGGAGGCAGAGGUUGCAGUGAGCUGAGAUCCUGCCACUGCACUCCAGUCUGGGCGACAGAGUGAGACUCUGUCUCAAAAAAAAAAAAAAAGAAAAAAAAACUUACGUCCCUCAUUUUCUUUAUAAUAGUGUUGUGUAAAAUGAGUAAAAGUCUAUAAGAAAAACUUUGAAAAGUAUUAAGUGAUACACAUGUGUAUGUGUGUGUGUGUAUACAUAUACACAUAUAUAUAUAAUAUAUAUACACAUAUGCAAUGGAGUAAUGAAAAUACUACAUAAUAAAUAUAAAAUGGAUUAAAACUAUUUAAAAUAGAUGCAUGAAAUGGCUGAAUAGAUAUUGAUGUUUGCAUAUAGGCACAUUUAGUUGGAUUAAGUUAGAUUUAAAUGGUCCAAUAGAGGACUGUGCAUACAAUUACAUAGGCAACCGCAAAUCAACCCUUUCUCUGGGUUAUCUAAAAUAAUCAGGUACUAGACCAAAAAAUGACAUGCUGUCUGCCUUACGUUUUAGUGAUGAUUUGUAGGAAGAGGAAGGUAGGGGCUGGUGGUGGAAAGGUAGUACAGUUUGUGAGGGAAUGUUCUGUAUGACUGAAGACAAAGUCUGGAGAUUGGUGGGCCAGAAGGUGUGAAUCUACUCUGAAGGACAGGUAAGAGUCCAGCCCAGGGAAAAAGGUGCAGAUGGGUAGGAUUUGGGUGGGUACCUGAAUUAAAAAAAUGGAUUUGUGAGGCAAUAUUGCUGGAGUCAAAACCAAAAAAUCAAAUUGACCAGGGUGAAAAACAGCCUGGGGCCUAGCAUGGCUCUGCUGCCACGUGGGAUGACUGGACCUCUUUCCAGGUUCAUGUUAACAGUCCAUACUACUUAUGGUAUAUGUGAAAUGCUUUCUAUUCAUUCAAGCAACCUUACUAAAAACACCCCAUGAAAAUAAAAGUCUAUAUCUUCCCUUCAAUAUACAUUCAUAUGUGCUUAUUAUAAGCAUAUAUCUACCACUUUGAGUUUGGCAUUAUUCUUCAUUUAAUGUUAUUACCUAUUCAGCUUCCAACAUUAUCACUUCCUUACUACACACAUUUGUUUCCUAGGACUGCUGUUAACAAAUUGCCACAAAUGUAUGGCUUAAAACAACAGAAAUUUAUUAUCUCACAGCUCUGAAGGCCGGAAGUCAGCCAAAGCCUCUGCCUCUGAAGGCUGUAGGCAAGAUUCCUUCCUUGUUUCUUCCAGCUUCUGCUGGCUCUAAGUGUUCCCUGGCCUGCGACAGCACCACUCCAAUCCCUGCCUCAAUCUUCGCUUCACCUUCUUCUGUACUUCUGUGUCUUCUCUGCCAAGGAUGCAUGUCAUUGAAUUUAAGAGCCACCCUAAUCCAGGAUGAUCUCAUCUUGAGGUCUUCAAUUACAUCAAGAUCCUUAUUCCAAAUAAUGUCACAUUCCAAGAUUUUAGGCAAACAUAUCUUUGGGGGGCCAAAAUUCAAUCCCCUAAUCCACGUUAGUAACCAUGCAGCGUUCCUUCUUAUUUCUAAGUUGACCUUUUCAGCUCUUUCUAUUUAUUGUUAUUAUUAUUAUUUUGGGGAUGGAGUUUCAAUCUUGUUGCCCAGGCUGGAGUGCAAUGGUGCAAUCUUGGCUCACGGCAACCUCCGCCUCCCAGGUUCAAGCAGUUCUCCUGUCUCAGCCUCCCGAGUGGGCGGUAUGACAGGCAUGCGCCACCACGCCCAGCUAAUUUUAUAUUUUUUAGUAGAGGCAGAGUUUCACUAUGUUGGCCAGGCUGGUCUCAAACUCCUGAUCUCAGGUGAUCUGCCUUUCUCAGCCUCCCAAAGUGCUGGGAUUACAGGCGUGAGCCACCAUGCCUGGCCAGCUCUUUCUAACUUAAAAAAAAAAAAAAAAAAAAAAAAAAGAUGAUACUUGCAAAAUACCUCAAGUGUACCUCAUUUACCUCAAAUAUACCUCAUGGUCCAAAAGUAUUUAGUAAGCAACAUGCCAUUAUAGAAAAACACAUAGCUUGUGGCUCCAACUUUAAAACCAGAAUAACCAAGUGAAAAGUCAGUACAGAUUCUUACUUUUACUUAAAAAAUCAAAGGUACACAUUGGGAAUUGAACUGCUAUGUUUUUUCUUCUUUCUAGAGAUGUGACGUACAUAUUUUCUGGUCAGUAAUAUUCUACCAAUGGCACUAAACCAAAGCAGGUAGAUGACCAGCGAUGCUGUUUACUACUUCCUACGCAUGCUGAGAUAGAUGAGUGGAACACCAUCUCGGUAGGAAAGAGUUUGACAGGAAGAAGAAAUUGCAGAGUCCCUACCUGUCCCAGAGAACCUAACAAACUGAUCUAUAUGGAAAGGAUUUUCAGCAAACAUUCACAAACACAGCUAAUAUGCUGGAAAAAGAGGAUAGCUUUUAGUCUAUUUCCAGCACACGGCCUACACUCACUGGUACCCCAUACAACAGGAAUGAACGCCGACUUAGCAUUUUUGCGUUCACAGCACUAACAACUAAAAGGCACACAGAUACUCUGAUCUUUAAGCAGAUAAUCAUGGAAUUCUCAACAUCAUAUCCACUAGGUUAGGCGGAGGGUUCAUCUAUAAAAGUAUUUUUCCAAAAAUAAUGCUUAAAAGAGACUUCCAGAAACAGUGGGACUGUAUCAGGAUCAACAGAAGACCUCUUGACCCAAAGAUUCAAAUAUAGAACUAGGAAUUGAUUUUCACAUGUAGUUUUUAGGUAAAGGACAUCUCUUUCAGUUGAUUCCUACAGCCAAGACUAGCUUUGAUCCUGGGAGAUUCAGAAACCUCAAGACAGGUAGCUGGCUUGAGUAAUAUCCUAGAUAACAGUCCCAGUCAAAAACCCCAUUGAGGUUGAAGGACUGGCAGCUGACCUAUGUGAAAAAGAGCUAUCAGUGCAUGAAAAGACUCAUGCUGAUUUUGACCUUCCUCUGGCCCUUUGCCCUCAACUGCUUGGUGGGGAGUAGUGAGGAGGAGGAGCAUGUAGCCCCCUCAUUGGAGGCUGGAGCACUGCUGCAGAAAGUGAUCUCUUACUCAUACUUCAAGACACUGCCUAAGUAUGACCACCUGUAUGGACCCUUCCCUAAUGCCCAGGAUCAAGAAAAGAAUGUGUCCACCUUCCAAGGCUCAGAGUAGCUGCACAAUGACCUAAGUCAAAACCCGAUCCAGAGCAGCAGUGAUGAAAUCACCCUCUCCCUUAAGGCCUGGCAUUACAAUGGCCUCAUCCUGCAUGUGGGUAAGUCAGCUCUCCCAUGGAUGGUACAAUCUCCUUGGUCAUUAACCUGAGUUCUGGGGCCUUUGAAGCUAUUGAGGAGCCAAUGAAUGGAGAAUUCGACAAUGCCUGGCAUGAUUGAGGGUGACACAUCAUGGCAGGUGAUGGCUGAGGAGACAGAAUGCCCAGAAGACUCAUCUUAGGUGGUUGAGUAGGAAGUUUGUGAAGCAGGCGGUGGGUGAGAUGGAGUGGGUAGAGAUUCAGGUAUGGAGAUGUCAGUGUCUAACUUUCUUCUAGUCUUUGCAAUUUCACAA